ACAAUCUUUGAUGAUCGAACGUUCGAUUCGUGAGUAAAGAAAAUUCACGUGAGGCUUCUAUUCAUGGAAAGAGAUCGAUAAGGCUCGCAGGGGUCACCGUCAAAUUUCUGGCGUACUUCCGAAAGGGCCAGAGUGAAGACGUAACAGCGAACGCUUCAUUCCUCGACCGCUCCUGUCGUUCUUAACUACCUGAGAUUAAGUUUUUCUCUCAGUUAAAGAGAGGCUCAUCGGCAUAUUUGGUACAUUGUUUCAGCACACAACUAGAAGACAUCACAACGUCUACCCUAAACUGAUCAUGCAAUACCAGGCCAGAACAUGAACAAUGAGGAUUAAUUUUUUUCGUUAGGCCUGGAAACUUCCUCCGCUUUAUUGCCUCAGUACUGAAACAAGUGAGCAGACUUUCAAGAUGUUUUGCGAGCUGUGUAAACAAAAGAAGCUUCGACGAGAGUUUCCGACGAAAACUUUGAUUGACGAAUGCAACCACGCUGCCCUACACUGUUUAAGGUGUGUGACUCGAGUGGUGAAAGAGGAAAACAAAUGCUCACAGUGUCUUCAACACGUCGCCAUUGAUAACCCGAACUAUUGUGAGUUUGUGAAGACUCUUCAAAGGCUUUUCCCAGAGGCUCCACGUUGCUUAACUGGGAAAGAGGAAGUGAUCCAGGAGGAUAUUGACCAGACCAUCUCAGUGGUAAUGUUAGGAGGGGAUAGUACCGUGCUUGAGUAUAAUCCUAAUAUGAUCAUUCAAGAACUGAAAAUUUACAUUCAGGAAAAGCUUGGUCCCAUACCUGACAAACAGCGUCUGAUCUACAAAGGAAAGGAAAUUAGGAUGAACUAAAAUACCAUACUCGCAACACUUCAAGACUACAAUAUCCGACCUUUUAGUACCUUGCACCUUAUUGUUGUUCUGUUCGACAUCCCUGAAUCAUUUGACCACGUUAUAUUUGACCUGUUCUGGGGCUAUCCAAGGAACAAGCGAGACUACCUCGAUGCCUCUGUUCUGAUUUACAGUGGUAAAAAACUGGCAUAUAUAGCAGAUUACCGUCAUAAAGUAUUCUAUAAUGAUGCGGUAUGCCAUUCGGGGGAUGUUAUGGAUGACGAAAAACGUCAAGGUCACCAUACUAUUGAUGUGAAACUCAAGAGCUUGCCUGUUGAAGUCGACAAGUUAUUUUUCACUCUUAGUGCAUGGAAUUCUCCAAAUAUUUCUAAAUACAAAGAUCCCAGAUUGCGCUUCUUUGAUGCCAGAGAACCUGACGUGCAGCUCUGCAGAGACCAGUUGCAAGAUGCAGCUCAAUCGCAAGCUGUAAUCAUGAGCAGUUUGUCCAGGAUUGACGGUGGCUGGAAAGUUUGCCGUUCGCUCACGCUGUCAGCGGGAAACGCAAAGGGCUAUGCUCCACUGCAGAAAACCAUUGGGUCAAGAAUAGCUGAAGGAUUGUAUUAGAUAAGCAACAAUUUAACUCACUGCAUUUUUAGUUGCAUUAACAGUAAUUUGUUAGAUUUGACCGGAUUGGAAAUGUCUUCAAACCUUCAUAGCUGGAGGAUUGUAUUAGACAAGCAACUACUCAUCUCACUUAAUUUUUCAGUUGCAUUAACAGUAAUGUUUUAGAUCCGAGCAGAUUGGAAGUGUCUUCGAACCUUUUAUGAUUGAAUUAGAUUUUUCAUGGAUGAAUGUUAAUAGUCGGAGUAUACCUUUUGGCAGCAACAAGCUACUUCUCUUUUUUUGAGCGCUGGUAAGUAACUCUCUUUGAAGGGCAAAAUAAAAUUGUGGACUUUUUCAAAACCACCGUUUUAUUUUCCAGACUUAAGGAUACGACAACAAUAAAACGGAUCAGGAGA